AUGGAAAAGUUCAGUGAAAUGACGGUAGUGGAUUUGCGUCAGCGAUUGCGCGAUCUAGGAUUGUCUACCGCGGGUAAUAAAGCAAAGCUGGUCGAAAAGCUCUGUGAGUACCAGUUUAAUGAAGGUUUCGAAAGUGCGUUAAAUGAAAGUAUUGAACGCCGGUUACGGGAAAUGGGAAGUCCAUUGAGCAAUUCGUUUCGUACACGGAAUGGCGAGUGUAUGCCACCUCUUAGUGCUUCCUCGCCAACACAAAAUACAUUAGCAGAAAAUGUAUCUCGACAUGCAAUAGAGGCAGCAACGACGGCAAGUUGUAUUCCUCACGUUGCAAUUUCAUCAUCAACGGCGCAAAGAGACAUGUUAACACAGGCGACGGUAUGCCCUGCAUCCAGAAUAUUCGAUGCUGUACAUAUGUCAACCGAUGGCGAAAUUCGGGAGACGCGACGCAAUUAUUCAAAUUUUUCAGCGAUGCCGACGGUUAGAGAAGGGGAAGAUUUGGCGACGGUAUGUCAUUCUUCUCACUCUAACGCAUCACUGACGUUACCCAGCAUAGGGGAAAUACGAACAACGGGAGGAGUGCAAACAACGCGCGUUUUGCCUUCUUCAUUUGCAGCUGCGCAACAGCCGAAAAUAUACGACGGAGAAUUGAGAGCGAGAGCUGGAUACGAAUAUAACUACACAACGCAUGCGCAGACAGCGAUGCAAGACUCGAGAGAGACGAUGAACACAAGCGAUGUGUUCCAAUCAGCGAAGUAUUUGCCAUCUCAAUAUGAAAAUUCAAUAGGAAUUUCUAUGCCACGAUAUACCGCGAAUAGGAAUGCGCAACACAUUCCGCAUGCUGCACGACGAGUACAUUUUGCAGAUAUUUCGUCAACGAAUAUGGAGCAAGCAGAAGCAGAAAACUAUAUUCCUACAAGUGUUCAUAUGACUGCAUGUCAACAGAAUACAAACGCACCGACAAGUGUAUGUUGUAAUAGGGGUGGGUAUGUAACCGAACAACGAAGUAUACAUGCUGAGUUCGGUAGCGUACAAAAUGUUAUUGGUAUACUACCAACAUUUGAUCCAAGCGUGAAAGAAUUGACAUCUGUUCAAUUCAUAGGCAGAAUCGAGCAACUACGCCAAGCAUAUGGUUGGGGAGACAAACUAUUGUUGUUUGCUGUAAGCACAAAAAUGCAAGGUUGCGCGAAACUCUGGUUGGACUCUGCACCAGUAGUGUAUGCAAGUUGGUCAAAGUUUGUGACUGAUUUCUUAUUUGAAUUUCCAUCAACAAUAAACACGGCCGAGAUUCACAUGAAAUUAAUGAGUAUGCGCCGCAAUAUGAGUGAAUCGCCAGAAACUUUUUACUAUCGUGUUUUAGCUGUUGGCAGACAGGGUGGGUUGGAUGAUCAAUCGAUCAUUAAAUAUGUGCUAAAUGGAAUUAACGACUUGGACAUGAAACGUUCCCUGUCGGUAAAGACGUAUGCAUGCGCUAAUGAAUUGUUAAGAGCAAUCCAAAAUUAUUGUAUGUUUAACUCAUACAAAAACAAUGUGUCUGUAAAACAAGAUGUACCAAGCGGAAAAGCUGCGCAGCAGCCGGUGAAAAAUAAAGACGUUAAAGACAAUUCAAAUAUAGUGUGUUACAAUUGCCGCAAAACGGGUCAUAUCUCGCGAAAUUGUGCUGAGCCACAAAAACGAGCGAAGUGCGAAAAAUGCAAUAAAUAUGGACAUGAUGCGCAAAACUGCAAAGUUUCGGCAAUUUCACAAAAAUCAAAGUGCAACUCGAUCGAAGAAAAUAAAGAAAAAUUAUAUAUGAAAAACGUUGAAGUGAAUAGCAUUGUGGCAGAAGCGUUAAUAGACUCAGGUAGUGCUCGCUCGUUAGUUAAAAGAAAGUUCGCUAAUCAAUUGCAAGAAAAUCUGAAGGAAAAAUGCUUUGUGCGUUUAAAAGGUUUCGCUGGUAGUGAAUGUGAAUGUUUCGAACAGAUCAAAGCAAAUAUCGCGAUCGACAAUGUGUGUGUUGACGUGAAAUUGCUUAUUGUAGACGAUGAUAAACUUGAAUAUAAUGUAUUAAUAGGCAGAGACGUACUCUGUUCAAACGGAAAUCUAUUUGUAAUUGACGGUGAAGAUUGUUGGAUGCAAUCUAAGAUAAAUAUAAUUGAGAGCGUAUUUGAUGAAAAUCAUAACGAAAAGUUAAGUAAUGUGCUAAAAACGUAUGAAGGUCGAUUUAAUACUCUCGGUAAAGCUAAAAUUACCAAAAUGAAUAUUAAGCUCGAUAACUACAAUCCGAUAAAUAUGAAACCCUACCGAUUGCCCUUCGCGAAAAGACCAAUCUUGGACGAAAUAAUUCAAGAUUUAUUGGCAAAAGACGUAAUACGUGUGUCAGAUUCCGCGUAUGCUGCACCCGUAGUCCUAGUGGAAAAGAAAAAUAAAGAGCAUAGACUGUGUGUAGAUUAUAGACAAUUAAAUCGCAUUACGGUGAAACAGCCAUUUCCAAUGCCAAUAAUGGAAGAAUUGUUUGCAUUGCUUGCAGGCAACACGUACUAUACUACUUUAGAUUUCAAUAUGGGCUAUCACCAAAUUGAGUUGGAAGACGAUGCUAAACAAUAUACUGCAUUCGUUACAAAUAAUGGACACUACGAAUAUAAUCGCAUGCCAUUCGGGCUGGUUAAUGCACCGUCGGUAUUUCAAAAUAUGAUGAAUAAAAUUGUGGACAAAAUGAAACCGUACCGAGUUAUUGCAUACUUGGAUGAUGUAAUUAUUCCAAGCCGUACGGUUGAUGACGGGUUAAUAAUAAUAGAAAAAUUUCUGAAAUUAUUAGAAGAAUGUGACUUAACAUUGCGCUAUAGCAAAUGCAAAUUUUUGGUGAAUGAGCUUAGCUUUCUUGGACAUCGAAUUACUAGUGACGGUAUUAUACCAGGUGAAGCGAAGAUUAAUGCAAUUAGACAGUUUAAGAAACCGGUGUCUGUAACUGAGGUCAGACGUUUUCUGGGGUUGACGGGAUUUUUUCGAAAAUUCGUAAAGAAUUAUGCUAUUAUCGCGCGACCGUUAACAAUCCUCACGCGAAAAGAAGCAGCUACAAAAUUUGACUGGGGGGAAGAACAAGAUAUAGCUUUCCAUACUUUGAUAAAUGCAUUGAGUAAUGAACCAGUGCUCACUCUGUACGAUUUUAAUGCAAUACACGAAGUGCAUACUGAUGCUAGCGGUGUUGGCCUAGCUGCAGUGUUACUCCAAUCAACUGACGAUGGGAAAACUUGGAAAGCGGUUAUUUAUUUUAGUCGACGGUGUACAGAAACAGAGUCUCGCUAUCAUGCCUAUGAGUUAGAAGUAUUGGCAGUAGUCGAGGCACUCGCAAGGUUUAGGGUAUACAUUCUGGGCAAGCAUUUCAAGGUGGUAACCGAUUGCUCAGCUAUUAGCAGUAUAAGAACGAAAACUCAACUUAUUCCUCGAAUCGCACGAUGGUGGAUGCGACUAACUGAAUUUGAUUUUGACUGUGUACAUCGACCAGGCGUACGCAUGUCCCACGUUGACGCGCUUAGCAGAGCGCCUAUUGAACAGUCUUCAGAGGUGUUGCUGGUUACUACAAGUUCCGAUGAUUGGUUGCUGACUAUGCAGCUACAAGAUGGUAAGAUACGUGAAAUCAAUCAUGUACUAAAAGGCAAAGCCGAAUCGAAGCAAGCAACACAACUGAACAGCGAAUAUCGAAUACAGAACAAUAGGUUGUAUAAGGUGUACAACGAAAAACGUCUUUAUGUGGUACCAAAAGCAGUACGAUGGCGGGUCGUGAAAUAUUGUCAUGACGACAUGGGGCACUUUGGUGUCGAUAAAACUUUACAACGUAUCUAUGAGCAUUUCUGGUUCCCUAAAGCGCGAAA